AGAAAAGAAUUUCAAAACAAUAAAGAAAGAAAGAAAAAUUAAGUUAAUAAUAAGAAUAUUAAAAAGAAAAAACUUCAACUGUAAAACUUAAUCAAGAAAAGUAUUCGCAAAGUAAAGUUGUCAACGUAAAACCGUCCGAACUGCUGUAAAAUCAGCCCAUAAGAUACUCAGCAGCAGCAGAAACUAUAUUAGAAGUAGAACUAAAACAAGUAAACAGAAGCCAUGAAUAAGAAACGUGUUGCACAUAUAACUGUCAUCAAAUGACAAAUGCAUGACAGCAUCAAUCAGUAUUUAACAAAACAACAAAGACAACCAGAAAAUAAACAAAGCAAUUAUUUAGCCCAAUAUUACAAGGAAGACAGCAAAGUCGGUAGUCAUAGCAACGGCAACAUUAAGACAAACAAAUUUAUCCCAAGCAUUUUCCAAAUAUUAAAAAGCAUGGCUGGAUUUAGAAGACGUGCUGGCCGUCAUCGCACGCGUUCAUGGUUUCUACUCAAGGAUUCAGUCAUAUUUGUUAUAAUGAUGUGUGCGUUGCAGGUAUUCUCUGAUAAUUUAACAUUCUACGUAGGCGCAGCACAAGCUCAACUAAUAACAAAUACCACAACCGGAACAUUGGCGACGACAGUUGAUCCAACUGAAACAACCAAUAAAACCAAAGAGUUGCAAAAUUUUACUGUAGAUAAUAAAAAUGAUAGACAUUUAAGUAAAGCUACGAAGGAGAAUAAUUUAAAAGGUUUUAAUACAUAUGAGAAUUUACAACAGAAACAACAACAGCAACAAACAACUACAAAGAUAAUUUAUGUAAAUAAAGCCGCAUUAAAUGGUGACAAAGAAAAUGGCGUUGAUAGCAGUAAACAUAAAUUUAACGUUAACAACAGCAACGAUAGCUAUGAUGGUUUUGUUAACAAUACCGUUACUGCUACUGCUGCCAGCGGUCUCUCUAAUAUAACCCAUAAAAUUUUAGGUGUAGGGUUAUCUGCAAAUCAUAUGGGUAUACGUGAAAACGUUGUGCUACCCUCAGAGGAUCCCGAACGAGAAGCCCGCAUUUUAUAUGAGAAGUCUUUAAAGGAAUUUCAUGAUAAUGUUGACUCAACUGCGACCACACAUAUUUUAGUGACAGCAAAUGAUAGCACUUAUGAAACAGCCCAACGUACUGUUCAUAUGGUUUGCGAUGUUUGGUCACAAAAGCAUUGCCAUUGUACAGGUACACUGGGACGUUUUUCGCUGAGUUGCCGCAAUAUUGGCAUAUUAGCGGUGCCAAUGGAUUUGCCCAGUGAUACAGUUAUCUUAGAUUUGAGCAAUAAUAACAUAACGAGACUGGAGGCAAAUUCAUUUUUCAUGGUAACCCAACUGGAAGAACUAACUUUAGCGGAUAACAGCUUGCAUCUUAUUGAUCCAUUAACAUUUUACGAUUUAAAUAAAUUGAAACGUUUGAACUUACAAAACUGUGGCCUUAAAUCAUUGACAGCCCAUGCAUUUCAAGGCCUAACCAAUUUAAUAUCCUUACAAUUAAAUGGUAACGCCUUAGCUAGCAUGGAUAGCAACAGCCUGCAGCAUCUGCCAAAACUGCGUACAUUACGUUUAGAGAGUAAUUUAUUCUACCGGAUACCGACCAAUGCUUUGGCUGGGUUGAAGACACUUGAAGCGCUCAAUCUAGGCAGCAACCUAUUGACAAUAAUCAAUGAUGAAGACUUCCCCUACAUGCCCAAUUUGGUGGUACUUCUCCUCAAGCGUAAUCAAAUAAUGAAAAUCACCUCUGGCGCCUUUAGCAAUUUGACAGCUUUAAAAGUUUUAGAACUAGAUGAUAAUCUCAUUAAUACUUUUCCGGAAGGUUUAAACAAAUUAACACAUCUACAAGAAUUUUCUGCAACAAGCAAUCGUUUAAGGUGGAUAAACAAUACGGAUUUGCCAAAGAGUCUCCAAAUUUUAGACUUGCGUGCUAAUCCUAUAGCACGUGUGAUGCCUUUGGCUUUGCGAGGAAUGACCAAAUUGCGUAAAUUAAUACUUUCUGACGUACGUUUUUUGAAAAAUUUUCCCGAUUUAGAGGGGUGCUUUACAUUGGAAAUUCUGAAAUUAGAUCGCGCUGGGAUAACUGACGUACCAGUUAAUUUAUGCCGCCAAUCGCCAAGACUGAAAAGUUUAGAGUUAAAAACCAAUUCCCUACAGCGCAUUCCAAUAUUAGGUAAUUGCAGAGAGUUAAGACUGUUAGAUUUAUCCAGUAAUCUUAUAGAAAAUUUACAAGGACGUCCCUUCUACGGCCUAAAACAGCUUCACGAUUUAUUGUUGUCAUACAAUCGUAUACAGAUGAUAACUCAGGACGCGUUUCUUGGCAUAAGUAAAUUACAACUAUUAGACCUAGAGGGUAACCAAAUAUCUUAUAUACAUAAGGACGCUUUCAUUGCUUUUAGUAGCUUGGAAGAUUUAAAUCUCGGUAACAAUAUUUUCCCCGAAUUGCCUUCAAAUGGUUUGCAGCGUUUGUUGCAUUUGAAAACGUUUAAUAAUCCAAAAUUGAGAAACUUUCCUUCGCCCGACACUUUUCCCCGUAUACAGACUUUAAUACUAUCGUAUGCGUAUCAUUGCUGUCCUUUUAUACCACUGGUGGCCAUGUCAGCAAGUAAAAAGCCUCCUUUAGUUCAAGAAACCGUUCUAUUCCCUUCAGAUGCCGAUUUUGACAUGAGUUUAUGGAAUAAUAGUAAAUUGGACAUAUGGCCGCAGCUGCAUAACUUAAGUAAAAAAUUUGGGUCUCAAAUGUAUGAUAUAUGGGAUACUUUUGGCCAAGAUUUCAACUAUCCUAAUACUAUACCUGCUUACAUGGAGGAAUACUUUGAGGAAGAGGCAGCCACUGGGCCAGUUGGUUCUUCAGCUUCUGCCACCACUAUCUCUACCUAUUCGCCUAACACUUUUGGUUCAGGAAGUCUAUUUGCUAACUUGGGUACGGAUCUGAAUCCGGGUAGUAUACAGUGCCUACCUAUGCCCGGUCCUUUUCUACCCUGUGCGGAUCUUUUCGAUUGGUGGACUUUGCGUUGUGGUGUUUGGGUUGUCUUCUUACUUGCUUUACUGGGCAAUGGGACUGUGGUAUUCGUUUUGAUAUUUUCUCGUUCCAAAAUGGAUGUGCCACGUUUUCUAGUUUGCAAUCUGGCAGCAGCUGAUUUUUUUAUGGGCGUGUAUCUUGGAAUAUUGGCUAUAGUGGAUGCUUCCACUUUAGGCGAGUUUCGAAUGUUUGCAAUACCUUGGCAAAUGUCAAUGAUAUGCCAGAUCGCGGGUUUUCUUGCCGUUCUAUCCUCCGAAUUAUCGGUGUAUACUUUAGCUGUAAUCACCUUAGAGCGUAAUUAUGCUAUUACUCAUGCUAUACAUCUAAACAAAAGACUAUCUCUAAGGCAAGCUUCCUACAUAAUGAUCGUUGGUUGGUCGUUUGCUUUAAUUAUGGCCGUAUUACCUUUAACUGGUGUUUCGGACUAUCGCAAAUUUGCAGUAUGCUUACCCUUUGAAACCACAACGGGAAUAGCUAGCCUUACUUAUGUUAUAGCUUUGAUGAUUAUAAACGGCUGUGCUUUUCUAACGCUAAUGGGUUGUUACUUGAAAAUGUAUUGGGCUAUACGAGGUUCGCAGGCUUGGAAUACCAACGAUUCACGUAUAGCCAAACGCAUGGCUCUGCUUGUUUUUACUGAUUUCCUAUGCUGGUCUCCUAUUGCGUUCUUUUCUAUUACAGCUAUAUUUGGAUUGCAACUGAUUUCGUUGGAACAAGCUAAAAUCUUUACUGUCUUCAUCUUACCAUUAAACUCUUGUUGCAAUCCCUUUCUCUACGCUAUCAUGACAAAGCAAUUUAAAAAAGAUUGUGUUACCUUAUGUAAACACUUUGAGGAAGCUCGAGUUACUCGAGGAGCAGCUGGUUUGACGAGGAAAGGAAUUGGAAGUGAACGCCUGCCUAAGGAAUUACCUCCCCUUUUGCCCGUUGUACAUCCACCUGGAUGUCGUUGCUUGCGUAUGAUGCCAAGUGAAAUGCCUAAGUGGCAUCGUAUACAAGAAAAACAAGGUUCGUCAUGGUCCCGUUCGUGGAAGCGCUUAUUCCGUUACUGCUCAUGUUGUGUUCGCUGCUGUCAGAAAUCUCCUGCACACAAUUUGGAAAGCCGCAGAUUGAGGGGCACGCGAGGUCAGAAAACUGAUUCUUAUCAAUAUCAGUUUGCCGAAAUUAAGCAGAGGAAGCAAAUGCGUGCUAGUUCUAUUUCAAGUGAGAAUUUUUGCUCUUCCCGCUCAUCUAGUUGGCGUAAUGGAGCAGCUUCAGGUUCGCAAAAUUUGGGACAUGGCCAUGCACACACGUGCAAUAUACCUUUGAAAUUAAUGGAUACCAAUCGUCGAAGACACUCGGCUUGGUUAAUAACAAGGAAAACUUCACAAGACUCUAAUUUGUCCUCCUCACGUAAUGACUCUUCAGCUUCUGCGACCACAGCCAGUACAAGCACCUUUCGAUUGUCACGAUCGAGUGGUGGCAGCUCCACGCCCUUGCCAGCUAUCAUAACCCAUAGUAAUAAGACUCAAGCUCACCAGUUUACCUCAACAGUAUCCAAGCCCCGCUUGGUACGCCAAGAAGCCGUACAAGAGGAAGAGGAUUCUUCCCCUCCUCGCUUGGGCGUAAGAUUUCUGCCUACUAUACCGUCGGCAGCUGAUAGUUCGGUUAUUAUGGAGGAUGGAGAUUCUGGCCUGAAUCCGGCUCUUAGUAGUCUCUAUAACGCUUUGCAGGCCAAUAAAAUACUUUCCCUCGGAUCGGGUACUAGUCAUCGCAGUUCAACGCCUACUACGCCAACGAUGACAACCUCUUCCACACCGCCAUCCGCCAUGUUACCGUCCAAAGAUCAUCAACCGCCAUGAUGAGCCGUUAAUUUACGAGAUGCUUUAACAGCACUUCUUUCCAGAGGUAGCACGGAAGAGUUUUUGUAGAUAAACAAACGUUCGACAAAGUUCAAGUUAAACUUGAUUAAGUUCCACAUUGUCAAUCGUUUAUUUUAUUCACUUCGCCUAUCUUAAUUUCGAUAUGUUGCAAAGUAACCAAGAAGUAUUAAUCAUAAUUGUAGUUACAGAUAUUUGUUUACUCAUUAAUUUAAACCAUGAGAAAGAAUGCUAUUUUUCGCGUAUGUAAAAAUUUGUUUAUA